AUGCCACCACCCCUCCCACGGCCCCUCGUCUUGCUCUGCGCAGUCCUCGCCCUCGUCCUCCUCCUCGGCACAGGACACCACAAGCGCGACGCCAUCUCGACCGCACUCGCAGACAGGCGCACCAAGUGGGUCGUCGGAAAACGCAGCAGGUUCAACAGGGUCGUCUGCUUCGGAGACUCGCUCAGCGACGCAGGGAACGGAGCGUGGCUCUUCACAAACAAGACCUGGCCGUCGGACAAGUCGUAUGUAGGCCACCGCUUCACGAACGGGCCAGUGUACUCGGAGUAUGUCGCGCAAGAGCUCGGCGUGCCCUUGAUCAGCUACGCUACCGGCGGCGCUUCGAUCUCUCACCGCGUCUCCUCUCGAUCCGGCGAACACGGCAUGCUCCCCGUCGACUGCAUCAUGGACCAAAUCGCCAAAUACUCGGUCGGCAAGACGGACGAGAGCAACACCCUCUUCAUCCUCUACGCCGGCGCCAACGACGCGUACUUCUCGCUCGAGGAAGGCGGGACACCCGCCGAGGUAUUGGUGGACUUGAAGGAGUGUGUCGAGAUGUUGAGGAAGAUUGGCGCCGAGUACAUCGUCAUCCCGACGCUGCCGCCGCUCGGCGACAACUAUCCUUACUCCAACGCCCUCCCCGACGCCGCCGAGCCCAUGCGUUUCUUCUCCACGGAGCUACACAAGAUCUACCUCGACUGGACGCGCACCCAGCCCGGCCUCGCCUUUGCCGACUUUUUCUCCCUCUUCGAUAACAUCAUGCGGCGCCCCGAAGAGUACGGGUUCAACAAGGAGUAUCUCAAGGUCGGGUGCAUCAAGGAGAAAUGUGAUGCAAACGUGAGGGAGUACAUCUGGUUUGAUGAUUACCACCCCACAACCUACGUCCACUCCCUCAUGGCCGACGUAUGCCUCAAAGCGCUCGACAAGGUGCUUCGGCCGCGGUUGUGGUGA